AUGGCCUCGUCGCCCCCCGCCGCGCUCCUGCUCCUGCCGCUGCUGCUGCUGCUCCCGGGCUCCACCGCGCCCCCCGCGCCCCCCAGGGCCCUGCGACACUCGGACGGCACGUUCACCAGCGAGCUGAGCCGCCUGCGAGAGAGCGCGAGGCUGCAGCGGCUGCUUCAGGGCCUGGUGGGAAAGCGCAGCGAGCAGCACGCAGAGAACAGCAGGACCAGGCCCCGGACGGUGGAAGGCCGCUUCUGCCUGCUGUGGUCCCAGGCGCCAGCCCUGCGGGACUGCUCAUCAGGCUCCUCUCUGCAGGACACCCCUGAGGACACCCCUGAAUCCGGCCUCGUCUGGGGCAGGGCUGCCUCCCCCGCCCAGGUCUGGGGUCAGGAUUUUGCAGCCAGACACCUUGGCACCUGA